UUUUCGCCAGUUCAACGAAAGAAGCUCUCGAGUACGGUACCGAAUAACGGGAAACGCUAGCUCGACUAACGGUCUGCCAUUCCAUCGUAGUCGCGUAGCAUAGUGUAGUUUAGCGUUUAGUGGCGUGCAGCGUAGUGCUUUCAAGUGGAGUGCAGACGGGGGUUGCUAGCUAAAAGCCCAUAAAAUACAAAACGCAAAUUGCCGAAAGAAAGAAAAAAUAUUUAACCCAAGUGUGUCGGUUCAGUGUUUCUGUGGUGCGAAAAUCUCACGAAAAUAGAAAAAGAAAACAAGAGGAAAAUCCAAUAAAAACAUGGACCACUGAGCGUUGAGCCUCACAUAAAAGAAAAGAAAGUGCGACUAAUUGAAUGCUCAUUGCUGGCUGGACAACUCGUAAUUGAAUGGGAGAUUGAAACGCGAGGUAGCGAGAGGACAUUCAGGACAGCUUUGCUGCCAAGUCAGAAUGUUUGAGCCCCGAUUAGUUCAGAGGGGUGGCAGUUGAGGCGCCAAGAAGCGAGAACGCGAACGCGAACGCGAACGUCCUUCCCGCCCACUCGCACGCCCAGUUUUCAGUGGGUGAGCACGAGUGCGAGUGUGUGUGCGUGAGUGUGAGCCCGAGUGGUGUGCACAGAGCGAACAGUGUGUGUGUGUGUGGGUGAGGGGCCUGCGCCGGUGGUGGUUAGCAUGCAAAUCAACGGUCUAGCUGCCGGACCCACGAUGGCAGCCUCCGAGCCUCCAGAGCCGCCGCCGCGCAAUCCGGACCGCAUAAAUGCCUCGCUGCACAAGCUGGGCGAAUCCAAAACCGUAAAAUCCCUGGACACUUCGGUGACGACGGCGCUGAAGGAGAAAACGGCUUCCGUGAACAACAACAAGCCCAUUAGACCGCUAUUAUCGCUGGACAGCUCGGUGACGGCAUCGACAUCCUCACCGGGAACAACAGGAGCCGCAGGAUCCACAGGAUCGGGGGGCGGAGGAGCGCCGGCGAAGCCAACUCCCUUGGUAUUGGCCUCCAAGCGGGAUUUGACGCCCAGCAACGAGAGCAGCUCAUCGCCAUCGAGCUCGAAUGGCAGCAACCAGACGCUCACGCCACCCAUGACCACUGAUAGCCAGCCGCUCCAGCAGCAGCAGCAGCAGUUACCCCAUCACCACCAGCAGCACCGGAGUCCUGCGUAUCCUGGCAAGGUGGCCGAGGUGGCAGGAGUGACUCCCCCACAACAGCAGCAGCAGCAGCAACUGCAACAGCAGCAAUUGCCGAAUGGCAUCGGUGGCAGCCACUGCAACAGCACUUGCAACUCCGGCAACGCCAUGAUCCAUGCGAAUAACUCGAAUUUAAUUGCCGCAGGUCACUUGGCACAGGCGCCCGGCCCCGCCCACAAUAACGCCCCCUCCUCCGGCGGCAGUGCACUCAAUGCCGUCGACAAGCGAAAUGCCAACUUAUCGGAGACGGAUCAGGACGAGCCCUCGAAUGUGACUGUAAAUGCGGGUCUGAAUACGAAUCACAAUCUGAACUCGAAUCAGAAUCUGAAUCCGAAAUCAUUGGUGGCCCUGGGACCUCCGCACUCCCCAACGUCCGCCGCCUCGGCGGCCUUGCUCCUCCUCGAGUCCUGCGAUGGAAAUCGCAACGACGAGUCAAGGUUCCAUCUGCAUUCCGCUCCCCUCUCAGAAGCCGCGAUGAAGCUGCGCGAGGAGAACGAUCGGUUGAACACCGAACUGCUUCGACUGAGGCGCCUCCUGGAGCUCUCCACCGAUGGAGCAGUUGGCGGAGUGGACACCACUCCCGAAAUGGAGGCAGUUGCUUCCUCCGAAGGAUCAGCUGCCAAGGAGCGAAUAGAACGCCUGGAAUCGGAACUCCGAUCGGUGAAGAAUCAGCUUUUAACCAUGCGAUUGGAGCGAAAGAAACUGCGAACGGAUAAAUCAGAUCUUUUGGGUCAAGUGAAGCAGCUGUGUGCCUCGCUGCAGGAAAAGGAGCAGGAGCUGCGCGACUUCAUCCGGAACUACCAGGAGCGAGUGAGGGAGACGGAGACAACGAAUGCCAAGAUCUCCGGAGAUCGGGAUCGCGAGCGUUUCCAGUUGCUCAAACAAGCUCGCGAUGAAGCGGAGCGUUCCUUGGCUUUGGCCCAGCAAUUAUCCUCCAGGGACUUGCAGCUCCAGAGAUUACAGGAGCAACUGCAGGAGGCUCGUCGCCAGUUGACGGGAUGCCUUUCCGACCAGGAGAGCCUCCACUCCUUUGCCCCACUGACUCCUCCGUCGGCUGCCUCGGGAAUGCUCAGCCAAAUGGCCGCCGCUUCAGGAAUGGGCGGAGGAUUGGCUGGAAUUCGGGGAACCACCGAGGACAGUGGGCGUGGCAACUCGCUGUCCGCCUUCAGCGGCAGUUUGAGUGGAGGAUCGGGUGCCACUGCCGGAGAUCGAAACUCCUGUUCCAAUGAUUCGGGACUGAGAAACAGUAGCGAUCGGGAGAGUACGGGUGGGGAACUGAACUUCAGCGAUGGCACCUGCGACAAUGGACCCUGCAUCACCGUCGAUCCGGAUAGUAUCUCGCUGGUAUCCAGCCAGAAUAUGUACCAAUUUGGUACUCCCAAGGAACGCAGUCCCACAUUGUCACCUCUGAAUUCGGCUGCCUACUCGAGAUCUGUGGAGCAGUUGGGCUCUCCGGUGGACCCCGAAGGACCAGGUGGUGGAGCAAUCAGUCGGAAAUUCGCCAGUGCCAGCAAAAGUGGUCCGCUUGGAGCUCGCAAUGGGCGUGGCGGCACUUGGGGAAGUAUAUCACGGGUGUUUGCCCGCUCCCGGAAUAAAAGUAAGGCUUUGUCCGCCGAUGGAGUGACUGAAUAUGCCGACUACUCGUGGAAUCCUCUGACAGAGGAGGGCUACGCCGAGAAGCUGCGCCUGCUGCGGGAGGCCUCCCAGCUGCCCAUCGACCGGUGGAGGGCCACCCAGGUGCUGGCCUGGCUGGAGGUGGCUCUGGGAAUGCCCCAGUACAGUGCCAGGUGCGCCGAGAACGUGAAGAGCGGCAAGGUGCUGCUGGAGCUGAACGACGUGGAGCUGGAGGCUGGACUGGGCCUCACCCAUCCGAUGCACCGCAAGAAACUGCGGCUGGCCAUUGAGGAGCAGAGGCGACCGGAGAUGGUCCGCUAUCCGCUGAUCACGCAGCUGGGACACACCUGGGUGGCCACCGAGUGGCUGCCGGACAUUGGACUGCCCCAGUACGCGGAGCCCUUCGUCCAAUCCCUCGUCGAUGCCCGCAUGCUGGACACGCUCUCCAAGAAGGAGCUCGAGAAGUUCCUCGGCGUCACGCGGAAGUUCCACCAGGCCAGCAUUGUUCACGGCAUCCACGUGUUGCGCAUCGUGAAGUACGACCGACAAACGCUGGCGAUGCGACGGGUGCAAUCGGAGACGGUGGACACGGAUCCCAUUGUGUGGACGAACCAGCGCUUCAUCCGCUGGGUGCGAUCCAUCGACCUGGGCGAAUAUGCGGACAACCUGAAGGAUAGUGGCGUGCAUGGAGGCCUCGUGGUUUUGGAGCCAUCCUUUUCUGGCGACACCAUGGCCACCGCCCUGGGCAUUCCGCCCUCGAAGAACAUAAUACGGCGACAUCUCAACACGGAAUUCGAUGCCCUCAUUUUGCCCGCACGAUACCUUAUUUACUGUCAAAUGGAAGAAUUUCAAAUGGAAGCCUCCAGGCAAUUGGCCAAAUUGCAGGGCCACUAAAUCCGCACGAACCAAAUCGAAUAAUCAAAGAAAAAAAGAAAACGAAAACAAGAAAUCAAACGGGAUUCAUACUGAUUUGUUUAGCCAAGCUGAUGAAGAUGAUACGAUAAUAAAUAUAUAGGGAGAGAACAAUAACUGGAGCACAGCGCUAGUCAUUUCGUCAUUACGAAUAGUUGAUAGAUCCGCAGCGUAAUAAUCACACAUUCGAUUAGUAGACGUAAAUACAUGUAGUCAUACCACAAUAUCGUUAAGUGCUUUAGGCAUCGAACUAGGAACGCACACAUCAGAAAAAAAAAGAAAAAAAGAGUUAAAACAAGUGUCCAAGCUUUGCAUAUCCGAUAUCGGCAUUAUAACGAUACACUCCCCGAGGAGCGCUUAACGUUGCAUUUACUUAGGUUGAUUAACGAAUCGAGCAUUUAAUGUAGUUGAAACCUAGUGUUAAGGCUUUCGUCAAUGGAAAUUCAGAUUGUUACGCCUAAGAUAGAGCAUUGCAAAUGCCUAGAACAAAUGUACACACAACCACCAGUCCUUCACACGAGCGUCUUUCGUCACUAGGCCGGAAUAUACCCAAGUUCUCUGUGAUACAGGAGCUGUUUUCUGAGCUCGGCUUGACAGCCACCAACGCACAAUUGAACCUUAAAGACCAAUUACAUAACCACACACCCGCACACAAGUCCAUGACACACAUACAUGUCUACAUUUUCGUGGUUAGAUGAUAUAGUCCAUGUUUGGUGUUGCAUACUGUGAAGCGUUUUGACUGAGUUUGCCCAGCGGUCAUAAGUUGAGACACACACAAAGUCUCAACAAUAGUUGUGGUGCUUAAGAAUAUGCAAUUUAUUGUGUUUUUUUGUUGUUCUGCUUGGUGCGUUUGGCUGCAAAAUAUUUCGUUGCAUACUUUUGAGCACAAGAAAUAUUGGUUUUACAAUCUCAGAGAUUUGGAAAAACUUUUUAAGUGACCGCAGGGCAGUGCUCCCCCAAAGUUUAUUUCUUUAAGAAGUCGUUAAUUUGGUUUUUGCAAUUUUGCAACUACAGUGUCAAUUGUAAGUAAAACUUGCUUACUAAGUAGCCUAUCUCUCUCUAUUUAUCACACACGAACACUCCCACACACAUACGCAGACACUCAAAGACAAGUUCUAUGUAUGUGUUAUCAAUGUUUUUAAGUAGCUUGAACUAGUCUAACCGUUGUCAUCUUAAUAAGUACCACCGCAUACAAAUACCCUAUCGAUACUAAGUGUGAUUGGAAAUUCUAAGGCUUCAAAAGAAAACAUUUUAUGGCUGCUGGUUUUCGUGUCUGUUAGCAAUGCUAUUCUUUUUUUUUUUUUUGAUAUAAUUUCCUUUUCUCUUUUUUCAAGGGGGUUUUCCACUCACCAUAGAUCUUUGUUUUUUCAUUGUUGUUUUACGCUACGUGUAGUUAAUUAAUUAUGCUAUUGCAAAAUACGAAACAAAUAAAAAAGUAACUCUCCAACAUUGAUUAAUCAGAAUUCUUUCGUCUUUGUCCCGUUUCUUUUUCCAUCUUUCCUAUAAUUGAUCCACUCUCUUUUGCUUUCACAUCCGUAUGUUUCCUCUUCAAUUUCGUAAUUUGGUAAUCGAAUCGACGGCUUGUUGUUGUUGCUAAAUCUGCUUGAUUGUCUAACACGAUUACCGAUGCAAUACAACCGACAACAACUCAACAACAAUUCAACACCUAACGAAACCAAUCUUUGUGUGUGUAUGUGUGCCUGCCUUGCCUGCUCUCUCUCUCUCUAUCUCUCUGUCUCUGUCUCUGUCGUUAUACCGCUAUCUCUGCUGCUCUGCCUGAACCGCCCGCACUCUCCAACUCUCCAAACGCCAAAAUACCAAAAUUCCCGUCUCCAAUUCUCCGUCUGUGUCCCGUGUCUUGAAUGUCCUGCCUGCCUGCCUGCUGCCUACGAAAAUCGAAAUCGAAAAUACAUGCACAAACAUGAUAUAUACCCGCCCCCAUAACCACCCACUCUCACCCAUACACACGCACACACACACACGCAUACGAUACCUAUGCAAAAAUUCGCAAAUCGAAACUGCCAUGUUUG